CUCGUCAGUACCGGUUCGACCUUCGAGCGUGUAAUACCUUUCUCUCGCUCUUCUACACUCUAGUCGUCAUCAGAAUCCUGUUAAAUAUCCCAUUGCUUUUCGGUCGGAUUUACUCGUUGCGUUGUGGGUUAGUGUGAGUGUGUCUCUGUGUUUACAUCGUCGUACAGGCCUCCUUUCUCCGACGGGGUAUUCUCGCAGCAGCAGCAUCAGUGUUAACCGGUGGAUUUUUUCAUCGGCGAAAAUCGCGGAAAUCUGCACACCAGUCUCUAGAGCCACACCGAAUAGCUAUUUCAUUACAUUCUCGAGUGUUGACUGAGGCGGACGUUGGCAGCAGACACACUACUGGUAGAGUGGGCCCAUCUGCCCCUCUAUUGCUCGUUUCAAUAGUUUUGUAGUGUCGAACUCUAGCCUCACCAUAGAUGUCAUCAACCAUCAUCGACCAUCAUCACCAGUGCAAAAGUAACUGCAGCAGCAUCAGUGGCAAUCGUUAAGUGCUGUUAGGUCGACAAAACAAUAAACGGCAUUUAAACGGUGCAUUAGUGCAUAAUCAUCGCAGUUCACAAUAGUAAGAAAGGAAGCAGGGAGCAAACAUAGUGCAUUACACAUUAUAUAUAAAAUCCCUCACAACCCACAACUAUAAAACAAAAGCAGAACAGAGAAGAGCAAAGCUAAAACACAAGCAGUGCUGUGCUGUGAUCAAAGAGAAGUGUUAUGAUUGUAUAAUCAAAUCCUGUGGUUUUGAAAAAUACUGCAAAAUAUCAAAAGUGUAGAGUUACAUCGUUACUGGGUUUCAAUCCGCGCUGAAACAAAGGCUUAAACUAAUGCAUCGUUAAACAGCAAGUAAAACAGUUAAAUGUGUGCAUUAUCCUACUAAUAUACAGCACGUUUCAACGGAUAGUUGAAAGAUGAUAUUUGUUUUUGUUUGAUGUGAGGUGAGAUUCGAAACGAGUUCCAAUUCUAAAGCAUUGCCAGUGUUAGAAAGAAACGGUUGGCACCAAUUAACAACGAUAAACAAACACCAACAAUUAACUCUUAGCAAUUAAAUUAUGCAGAAAAUGCGCUCAAAUUAGUAGACUACCUCGACGGCCGAUAAACUCAACCUGAAGUAAUGAUUCGACAUGGUUUCAACACCCAAUCCAUCCACUGAUGUAUCGCAAUUAUUUUUAAAUACAUCACUUGACUCUUGUGCGUACAAAUAUGAGGAGUUUGUCAUACCAAACACAGUUCCUUACUGCAACUGGACAUGGGACACAAUACUCUGCUGGCCUCCUGCUCCAGCUGGUUCGGUGAUCCGGCAGCGCUGCCCUCCUGGCCACGGCAUUGACACAUCAAAGUAUGCCGAACGCAGAUGCAGCGCCGAAGGACGAUGGGAAGGCCGUGGAAAGGACGCAUCGCCAAACAUGCUGGGGUGGACCAAUUAUACACCCUGCUAUAGUCCAGAGGUUAUACAACUGUUCCGGAAGCUAUACGCCGGCGGAAGCAACGGUGAAGCCGAUAUUAAAAUCGAUAUUGCGGAACGAACUCGAACCCUCGAGAUCGUUGGAUUCAGUCUUUCACUAGCGGCGUUAAUUAUAUCAUUAGUUAUAUUCUGUAGAUUUCGAAGUCUACACAAUAAUAGGACGCGUAUUCAUAAGAACCUAUUCGUAGCUAUGGUAAUACAAGUGAUAAUAAGACUAACUUUGUACAUCGACCAAGUAAUCAUACGAAAUGGCGGGAAACGAUACGGCACGGACAGUUCGCGACAUGGAAUAGAUAACACGCCUUACCUCUGCGAGGCAUCUUAUAUCCUGUUGGAAUACGCCAGAACUUCAAUGUUCAUGUGGAUGUUUAUAGAAGGCUUAUACUUACACAACGUUGUGACGGUGACCGUUUUUCAGGGGCGUUUUCCACACGCGCUGUAUGCAUUUGUCGGAUGGGGAGGCCCGGUGGCUCUAGCUGCCAUUUGGGCAAUAACCACUGCACAUUAUAUUGGGCAGCAAAAAUGCUGGUGGGGGUACAACCUAACGCCUUAUUACUGGAUUUUAGAAGGUCCAAGAUUAGCUGUAGUUUUGUUAAAUUUCAUAUUUUUACUAAACAUUAUAAGGGUGUUGAUCGUGAAAUUGCGACAAAGUCACACAAGUGAUGUGGAGCAAGUACGAAAAGCGGUUCGGGCUGCUGUCGUGCUAGUACCAUUAUUGGGAAUAACCAACAUCCUCAACAUGACCGAGGCUCCUCUGGACAGAACAGCACUGGAAUUUGCCUUGUGGUCGUAUGUGACGCACUUUCUUACCUCGUUCCAGGGGUUUUUUAUCGCCUUGCUGUAUUGCUUCCUGAAUGGAGAAGUCCGUGUUGCGUUGAUGAAAAGUCUGAGUGUUUACCUCUCCAUUCGCGGUCAUCAUGACUGGCCAGUUAGGCGACCAUCAAUGUUCUCGGCUGCGUACGGCACUGCGCCGGAAACAGAGGCGCCGCACGCAGCCGAUUCAAAUCGUAAUAACCAAACUAGAGCAGGCAACAGACGUUGGAUAACGUUCUGUUUUCGAGUACAAAAGGAUACCAAUCAACCAGCACCUGAGCCAGCCCCUCCCGAGUCAGUUGUGUUUGACAUUUCAGAUUAAUGAUAAUAUUUUGCUUUUAUUUUUCCUAAGUAGUAUUAUUAGAAUAAAAAUGUAUGUCCUAUCCUUCUGUUGAUACUCAAAGAUACAAGAAAAUCUUUUUUGCAUUGGAAAGUAACAACAGAUUAGUUUAAAAUAGACUUUACUUCGCCACUUAUCAAAGAGGCCAAUUAUGCAUAAUAAAAUACAACACCUGUGUUUCAUGUAUUAUUUUACCCGUGGAAUUAGUACGUUUGAUUUUUUUUCCACUUUUGAUCAGGAUUUACGUAUAAAAUAAUAAUCAAUAAUAUUUUAACAAUAACAUUUUU